AUGCCUACUCGAAGGUUUGGCUUACUCGUCGACAUGGAACUGGCAGAGCGAGUUCUUUGUGUGUUGAGAGACAUAGGCACGAAAGCAUCGCCUGAGGAAAUUUCAUCUGUGGCCCAAGGGUUGCAGGAAGAGGUUCUGAAGCAUGUAGAUUCGACCGGGAAAUCCAGGUCUGUGUCAGAGGAAGGGGCGAGGUCGGCUCUGGUUGUCCUGCUCUUGGAGUCAUGCAAGCACCAGCUUAGCACCCAGGAAGUGUCGCGUUUCCUGAACGAGCAGGGAUGGACUCCUAGGAACAUCGAGGCUUGGGCCAAGUUUUACAAUGAGGCCAAGGGGUCUGUGAUUCAGGUCCUCUCCAGUCUCGGGAAUGAGCCGCCUUCCGUCGUCGACGCUUCCUGGAAGAUGGAUGUUUGUCUCGAGAAUUCUGGGCAGAGCAAGGUGAACGAACCUCAGUGGCUCAUCUCGCUUAAAACCCUCUCCCAGACGGAGGCAUUCCCGAAAGACCUGAAGUUCUUCUGCAAGAAGGAGAACCUGGCCGACUUGGUGGCCAAGCUCCGAGAUGCGGCCAAGCAUCAACCAGAGCAAGAAGAGGCACAGUCAGGUGGAGGAAGUGAAGCAGCCAAGUCUCCCUCACGUUCUAGAUCGGCAUCCCCAGCCUCAAGAUCAUCGAGGUCUGGUUCCCGCUCGGCUUCUGGAUCACCACCUCCUAAGUCCCGAUCCAAUAGCCCUUCCUCUGACUCAGAGGGUGAAGCAAUGAGAAAGAAGAUAAAGAAAAAGAAGCGCUCGGAGGAAGAGGAAGAUGAGCCAGAGGAAGAAGAGGAGGAAUCCUAUGAGGACGAUGAGGAUGACGAAGAGGAAGACCGACGAAGGAAGAAGAAGAGACGUGGUGCUGGGUUCAUCAUCGAUGAGGCUGAGGUGGACGAAGAUGUCGAUGACGAUGAAGGCGAUUGGGAAGAAGGAGCCAAGGAAGUGUUGGCCCAGAAUGAGAAGGAGAAAGGCCCUUCCGCCAGGGAUAUAGAGAAUAAUCGACGUCUUCAGAUGAUGUGGCAAAAUGAGAAGGAGGAUGAAAUUGAAAACUACUACAAAAUGAAGUAUGCUGAUGUGGAAGAGGGAGCACGCCAUUUCAAUGAUGGAGAACAUAUGACUGAUGAAAUUGCCCAGCAGACUCUCCUUCCUGGUGUGAAGGAUCCUAAUUUGUGGAUGGUGAAGUGUCGCAUUGGAGAAGAAAAAGUCACAUUGCUCCAGUUAAUGAGGAAGUUCAUCGCCUAUCAGUUCAGUGAAAAACCCUUGCAGGUCCAGUCAAUUGUGGCCCCAGAGCAUGUCAAAGGUUACAUCUACGUUGAGGCAUACAAGCAGACUCACGUCAAGCAGAUCAUCGAGGGCAUCGGGAACCUCCGACUGGGGAGGUACAAGCAACAGAUGGUCCCCAUCACUGAAAUGACUGAUGUUCUGAGGGUGGUGAAGGAACAAGCCCAGCUGAAGCCUAAGGCAUGGGUGCGUUUCAAACGCACGGUCUACAAGGACGACAUUGCCCAGGUGGAUUAUGUGGACACUGCUCAGAACAUGGUCCAUCUGAAACUCAUCCCACGCAUUGAUUACUCGCGACCCCGAGGAGCACUCCGUCAGCCCAAUCAGGAGGAAGACCUGAAGAGGAAGAAGAAGAAACGCCCUGCUGCAAAACUGUUCGAUUCGGAUGCGAUCAGGGCGAUUGGCGGUGAGAUCACCAAUGAUGGUGACUUUCUGGUCUUCGAGGGGAAUCGGUACUCUCGCAAGGGUUUCCUGUACAAGAACUUUGCCCUCAGUGCCAUUGUAUCUGAGGGUGUGAAGCCAACUCUGGCUGAACUGGAGAAAUUUGAAGAGGGUGUGGAAGGGAUGGAGAUGGAGAUUGCUGCAUCUGCUAAAAUUGGGAAAGAGAAUUUGGCUCACAACUUUGCUACAGGGGAUGUUGUGGAAGUCUGCGAUGGGGAGUUGAAGCACCUCCAGGGCAAAGUGAUGAACAUUGAAGGAAACACAAUUGCCAUCAUGCCCAAUCACGAGGACUUGAAGGAUCUGCUGGAGUUCCAUGCCGGAGAAUUGAGGAAAUUUUUCAAGCUGGGAGACCACGUUAAGGUGAUCAGCGGGAUCUACGAGGGAGACACUGGGCUCAUCAUCCGUGUUGAAGAAAACAUGGUUGUUGUCUUCUCCGAUCUCUCGCUCCAUGAACUGAAGGUUUCACCUAGAGACCUCCAAUUGUGCUCUGAGAUGGCCACAGGUGUUGACUCACUUGGCCAGUUUCAGUAUCUGGAUAUGGUCCAGCUGGACCCUCAGACAGUGGGUGUGAUUGUGCGACUGGAGAAAGAGCACAUGGAGGUCUUGAACAUGCAUGGCAACGUGGUCAGGGUUCGACCUCAGGCCGUGACCCGACGUCGGCCAUCCCGCAAUGCCAUGGCUCUCGAUUCCGAGUCCAACUCCAUCCAGGUCAAGGAUGUCGUCAAUGUUGUGGACGGGACCCAUCAGGGGAAAAAGGGGGAAAUCAAGCACCUCUUCAGGAACUUCGCAUUCAUUCACAAUCGGCAGUACAUUGAGAAUGGAGGCAUUUUUGUGUGUCGUGCCCGGAACCUUCAAUUGGCAGGAGGGACCAAGGUGAGGAUCUUUUAUUUCUUUUGUUCACUUGCCAGCUUCAUGAUUGCGGGUCCAAUGGGGUUCAUGUCUCCUCGAAUCUUCUCCCCGGCUCACCCUGGAGGAGGUGGAGCUGGAGCUGGGGCUGGAGGUGGUGGGGUGGGGAGCAUGGGAGGGGGUGUAGGAGGCAUGGGGAGGGGCCGAGGACGUGGCGGCUCCAGUCGAGAUCGUGCUCUAAUUGGACAGACGGUCAAGAUCACCAAGGGACCCAUGAAGGGCCAUGUUGGUAUAGUAAAGGAUGCCACAGAAGCAAUUGUGAAGGUUGAACUUCACACUAACUGCCACACAAUCUCGGUGGAUAGAAACCGCAUCGAGCAGGUGGGUGCUCCAUCUCGAGCUGGCUCAACUUCCACAUACCAACGAACCCCAUCCUAUGCUGGGGCUGCUACUCCAAUGUAUGGAGUUGGGUCCAGGACACCUAUGUAUGGGUCUCAAACACCCUUGUAUGAAGGUUCUCGAACUCCUCACUAUGGGAGCAUGACUCCAUUGCAUGAUGGAUCCCGUACACCUGGCCAGAGUGGAGCCUGGGAUCCCACUGUGGCCAACACUCCCGCUCGAACGGAGCUAGAUGAGUACGGGUACGAUGAUCCGUCUUCUCCUGCUGCUUCCCCCAGUGUUGGUGCCCCGUAUACCCCACAUACUCCGGGGACUCAGUACAGCUCGGAUCAGCCAUAUUCUCCUUAUCAGUCCACACCCAGCCCCCAGGGAUUCCAAUCAUCUCCAAAUCCUGGGGCGUAUGUUGCAACACCGAGUCCCAUCGGUGGCUACCAACCAGCAGCCUCGCCUCAGAAUAGCUUUGGCUCUUCGUCUCCCUCUCCUCUAGGAUACAGCUCACCUCUCACACCUGGCUCUCCAUACAACCCUACCACUCCUGGAACUGCUUUGGAUCUGCUGUCCACCCAAGACUGGCAUUCGACCGACAUCGAGGUGAAGAUCAAGGAGUCGUACACGGAUUCUGCUCUCAGUGGACGAUCUGGGAUCAUCACAGGGAUUUCGGCAGGGAUGUGCUCCGUGUUGCUUCCACAAGAUGACCGCACGGUGAACAUAAUGGCAGAGCAUCUCGAGCCUGUCACUCCGUCUCGAGGCGAUCGGGUCAAGGUGUUGGUCGGCGAAGAGCGAGAGGCGACCGGGCAGCUGCUCUCCAUCGACAAUCAGGAAGGCGUCGUUAAGCUGGAUUCCGGCGUGGUGAAGAUGCUCCAGCUUCGAUUCCUAUGCAAGAUGAAGCCCUCCGACUAGGCGUCGCGGCGUUUGGGCUCGUGCCGUCGUUGGCAUUUCUGUGCCAUGAACCGGAAACCUGUUCGUUUUGUGGGUGUUGGUGUUGGUUGUUGCUGUUUGCUUUUUGUUUGGUUCUUGAAUUUAAGGUAAAGAUUGCAGAUGUAAUAAAGGAUUCCUUUUCCUCCC